AUGAUCUUCGCUCAACGAAACGCUCGUUCGCUUCAUCCCGGUGCAGACUCUCCUCCGGCCUACGUGGCGCCUCCAUUGCCGAGCCAACCUCCACCCAAGCCACGACGGCCAGAAGACUCGGACUCCGACAUUGCCGGGACCCUUUCCGACGGCGACCAGGAAUGGAGGAGAGGUUACAGCAAAAACCGUGGAGAAGACAAAGUACAGUACAGAGAGACAUACCAUCCACGGGGCGACACCCCAUCGGGUGCCACGGUGGCCCGACACGCGUCACUUCCGGGUAGCGGGAACCCGCCGGCAAACCUAGCCGGCAACUUGCAGCAGUACUCGGCAACCCUGGACCACCGGCACCAAAGGGUGCCCUCAUCGGAGGGCUCGUCGGAGGGUGACUACGGCGACAAAAAGUCCCGCGACCGCAAGAAGGGCGUCCUGUCCCUCUUCCGGAAGCGCUAAAAUGUCGGCGCAGUCGCAAGCUUACCUCGGGCGUCCCGAAGUCGCGUUUAAACUGGCACACGAAAAAAGCUCAUCAAAGGGGUAUACAGAGUCAAGAUCACCAAAAAAAAAAAAGUUAUGCAGAACAGUUGCCUUGCAGCAAAUACGCUUGCAGCAAUUACAUUAUGAGACAAAGUCUUGUACUACUUGAUGUUACCAC